AUGAGCUCCGGAGAUCAUUCGUGGACUGGCUACAAUUAUUCCUAUGUCCCAAAUUAUACUGGCUUAGAUGAUGGUGCCUCAUUUUUCACCGACCCACAGUUCACAACUCGGACAAGCGUCGACCAAGACAUGCCCGACUUUAUGUUGCCGGAACAACAACAAGAGUCACCAUUUGGUGAAAUUGCAAGCGAUGUUACUGGAGUAAAUUCACGAGAGCAAGAUAUCUCUGAAGCUAAGACUGGAGGCCCCCUUGACCUGGGCCCUGCCCUGGAAACCAGAGUACACCAAAACACUUCUUCACUUGUCCCCCCUUCCAACUGGGGUAUACCUCAGUCUGGAACAUUUGCUGGAGCCUCCGGAGUCUCCCCCCAACAAGCCCAUGAGAUUUGUGGCCAAAGUCUUGGUCGGUUAUCUACCUUCUUCGAAAAGAACUCAUGGAAUUUGGAAGAGAUAAACUAUGCACGUGAAUCCCUUGCAUCUGCCAUAAAAUUUCACAAUUGGAAAGUUCCAGACUCUACGACCGGAGCCUCAGAGUACUUUGGCUUGGGAGCUAGAGACAAAAAGCUGUUCUACUGCCAAGUACCAGUUGGAUUGAAUGGCGAGAUCUGCAAGGCAGAAUGUGAUAGUAGUGGUGCCUUCAAACGUCAUUAUACGAUAAUGCACUUUCCUUGUCCUAGAUGGACAUGUCCUGCCCCCAAAUGCCCUGAAUCAGAAAAAGAGUUCACAAGGAAAGAUAGGUUUAGGGAACAUCUGAAGAAUGUGCACCAUUAUGAGGAAAAGAUCUACACAAUGCAGCAGGUUGAACGGUUUGUUUCCAACCGGACUCAGCUAAAGCUGAAGCAGCCUAAUCUUCCAUCUAAAUGUCUUGUUUGUGGAAAUAGGAAAGAUGGCUGGGAUGAGCAAAAGCUUUUUGAUUGUGUGCAAGGACACUGCCAGUCAACCCCAGUAUCCCCGUCUGUCUCGAUCAACAACUCAGCAAUCAACGCUACCGGAACUGAGACUCAUCUCCAAAAUAGCUCAGCUUGGUCAGCAAGCGAAGUAUCCAAAGACUUCACCGGCUACACCCACCAAUUCCCAAAGAAUACAUCCUCAGAAUACGGCAAUCAGGCGAAUCAAUUGUUUCCAACUCAGAACGAUGGGACCGGCACAUAUUCCACAAGCAAUUUUCGGCCACAGUCAACCAGCAAUCAAAGGCAUCCUGCCACUUCUAUCUCCCAUGCUGUAAAUAGGCAAGGCCGUUCACAGAGUUCUGCAUUUGCAAGCAAUCGGAUACAGAAGCCCAUCAAAGCAGUAAAAUGUUCUGGAUGUGAACACAAUUUCAAUGGAUGUGAAAACCCCAGAUGCCAGGGAAGAACAAGAUCAAGCAAAAAGUGUCACAAUUGUCCUCCUGAAACAUCUGCUCUGCAUGUCAGAUUUGAAGAGGCAUCUGUCUCGGAUUCAGCAGUGUUUUCCGGGGACACAGGUAACACAUCUACUUUGAAUUCCCAGGUGUACGAUAUUGAUUCAAGUCAUAAUCCUUCUUCAUUGCAGGAUCAUAGCUCAUGGCCUUCCUACUCAGGACAAGGAUUCUCAUUUAUGGGGCAUGAUUUUCGUGGAUUGUCAAAUUCCGUUUCCGCUGAAGAUGGGACACAGCGUGUACAGCUCAUGCUAGCCAUGACUGCUGGUGAUGUUGUUGAAAUGGACUCUUCCUUCAAACUCAUUUCAAUGAACCUACAUGGAAGCUGCAUUAAGAACCUGCCUAUGAUGUCAUCCGCAAAGAGGCUCUCUAAGCAAUUACAGUAUGGUCUAAAAACUUUGAUAUGUGGCGACACUUCCGAGCUUGAAUCUACCAUUCCUGCUGUGACAGAUGUUGUCACUGAAAAGGAUGAUCUCACCAUAACGACCAUCGAGAGUCCUCAAGCCGUCUUCGAAUGCCAAUGCCCAUGCCGUCUCAAAGCUCAGAGUAUGUUAUUGUUGGACCAACCUGAAGUGGAGAUACCAGGAGAACAACCACAACUAGACUUGGAGGUAUUGCCUGAAGGAGGAGGCAAGAAUACAUUCAGAAACAGAGUCCGCAAGGUAAUUAACCUUCUAAGACUGCGCUUCGUCAUUCAGAAGGAACAGAAGAAGCAACGCCAAGCGAUGAUGAAAGAUAUAGAGCACAGGCUUGAGUUGGCUAUCGAACCUGCACCGCACCAUCAGAAGCCCGAUAAAUGCAAGGAUGCCGGUGAAUGUGAGAAUUUGAAGCUCAUGCCAAACGAUGAAAGUGAACACGACCCUGGAGAUGAGUUUCAAAAUACUGAAUUCGGUGGCACCUAA